UCCACAUUAACACCCCCACAAUUGCAAUCACGAUGUCGGAUACAGCCUCAGAUAACGGCGAUGCCGCCUUUGAUAUGUUCAGAGAACCCUCACCUCCACCACCCCCUCCUCCCACAUUCACUAAAUACACCCACCCCUCCCUUCCCGGCGAAUCCAUAAACCUCCGGCUAGUAGGUUCUCAUCCGCUUUGGGGACACCACCUCUGGCACGCAUCCCAGAUCUUCGCACAAUACAUCCUUACCCAAAUCCCUGACAUCGCAGGCAAGUCGGUGCUUGAGUUGGGUGCAGGAGCAGGAUUACCAAGUCUGGCCGCCGCACGGGCUGGGGCUGGAAGAGUCGUUGUCACGGACUACCCGGAUCGGGACUUGAUGGAGAAUUUAGACUGUAACGUCGAUGCGAACAUCACUGGGGAGGAGGCCAGAGGGAAGAUCGAGGUACGGGGUUUUGUCUGGGGAACAGACGUGACGGAGCUCUCCCCACCCUUCGACUACCUCAUCCUCUCCGACCUCCUCUUCAACCACUCCCAACACGAAGCAAUGUACCGCACCUGUCUCCAUACCCUUGCCUCCCACUCCCACAACCCCUCCGCCGCCAUCCUCGUUUUCUAUUCCUCCCAUCGUCCGAAAUUCGCGGAGAAGGAUUUGAGUUUCUUCGAUUUGUUUAGGACGAGGGGAUGGAGUGUGGAGGAGGUUGUGCAAGAUCGGACGUUGGGGGUUAUGUUUGAGGAGGAUGAAGGGGAUGAGGGGGUAAGAGGGUUGGUUAGGGGGUUCGUUGUUAGGAGACUACCUGGGGUACAGCAGUUGGAGAGGCCAAAGGAUGAUUAGAUGAGUCUGACAAUGGGUAUGGUAGCGAGCUUUUACAAAUUUGAUAGGGGACAACGAGUGAUGAAGGAGCAGGGCGCGACGGCUAGCCGU